AUGGUUGAACAUCAACAAAUCGUACGUCUUUUUGAAGCUACACGCGAAAAACUCGGUUUCACCCACGAAGACAAGUGGUGUUUGUUUCAUUCGAUUUCUUUCGACUUUUCUGUAUGGGAGAUAUGGGGCGCGUUAUUGAAUGGAAGUCAACUGUCGAUUGUACCACACGAUACCACCCGUUCUGCGGACGAAUUCUAUGAUUGGAUAUGUACUAGCGGUAUUAGUGUACUAAAUCAAACACCCUCAGCAUUCAAAAUGCUUAUGCGUGCACAAAAUAUCAGUUUGCGAUCCGAUCAACUACGAUAUGUUUUCUUUGGUGGUGAAGCUUUAGAUCCGUCAAUUGUAAAGGACUGGUAUGAAAAGAACGCCAAAGAUCAAACAGUAUUUGUCAAUAUGUAUGGUCCAACCGAAUCAGCUCUAAUUGCAACAAUUUGGAUCUGUGAUAACAAAAUUUCUGAAAACUCACUCUUACCAAUCGGUCGUCCGUUGCCUAACAAGCGAAUUUACCUGUUAGAUUCACAUGGCGAGCCAGUGCCAUUGGGAGCCGAUGGAGAAUUGUAUAUUGGUGGUGUUGGUGUGGCACGUGGCUACCUGAAUCGGCCUGAACUUACUGCGGAGCGUUUUCUACCUGAUCCAUUCAGUGAUGAUCCAGCAGCACGAAUGUACCGCACCGGUGAUCGAGCGCGAUAUCUGCUUGAUAGAAAUUUGGUAUAUUUGGGGCGCACAGAUCAACAAGUAAAAAUCCGCGGAUUUAGAAUUGAACUUAGCGAAAUUGAAGCCAACUUAGUUGAUCAUCCUCAAGUGCACGAGGCGGUUGUACAAUCAUAUGAAAAUGGAUCAGAUAUUCGUCUGGUGGCUUAUGUGGUGGCCGAUGUGAAUACAUCUUUAGCACAGGAUUUGCGCACGUAUCUAUCGAAUUUGUUACCUGAUUUUAUGAUACCAGCGGCUUAUGUUUGUCUACCUUCUCUACCGCUCACAUCCAAUGGCAAACUAGAUCGACGGGCACUACCAGCUCCAGAUGAUGAAGCGUUUGCUCGUCAGCACUAUGAAGCUCCGCAGAAUGAAAUGGAAGAGAAACUAGCCAAUAUCUGGUGUGAAUUGCUUGGCAUUGAACAUAUCAGCCGACAUGACAAUUUCUUUGCGCUGGGAGGCCAUUCUCUUCUGGUCGUACAGCUUUUGGCACAGUUGAGACAGCUCAAACUGAGCGCCACCGUAAGGAAAGUGUUUGAUGCCCCCACUUUAGCUAAUUUAGCUGUAGCCCUUAGCCCAUACCAAGCAGUGACUAUUCCACCCAAUCUAAUUACCACAGAUUGUACGUCGAUUACUCCGGAAAUGUUACCACUCAUCACUCUUUCUCAGAAAGAGAUAGAUAUAAUUAUCGCGCAGAUACCUGGUGGAGUGGCGAAUAUUCAAGACAUUUAUGGAUUAGCCCCUUUACAGCACGGUAUGUUGUUUCAUCAUAUAACAGCUGGACGUGGUGACCCAUACUUGAUGUUAAGCCUUAUACAAUUUACUGACCGGGUGGCACUUGAACGUUAUGCUGCCGUCCUACAACGAGUGAUUGAGAGACACGAUAUUUUGCGUACUGUUUUCAUCUGGGAAUGUCUCAGUGAGCCGGUGCAAGUUGUAUUACACCAAGUUCCUUCAUUACUCACCGAAGUUACAUUGGAUAAUACCAGUGAACCUGUAUUGGAUCAGUUGCGUCUCCGAUUUGAUCCACGUAACUACCGGUUGGACUUGACACAAGCACCUCUAUUGCGUUUGUUGGUCGCGCCAACGUCCGAUGGAAGUUGGAUGGCACUGCAAUUAAUGCACCAUUCAAUUAUUGAUCAUUCAACACUGCAGAGACUACAGGUCGAAGUUAAUGCUAUCAUGGACGGAAAAAUGGACCAGUUGACAGCGCCUAAAUCAUUCCGUGAUCUUAUUGCCCAAAUUCGGCUUGGAGUUAGUUCAGCUGAACAUACUCGAUUCUUUUCUGAUAUGGUCGGUGAUAUUGACGAGCCAACAUUGCCAUUUGGUUUAAGUGACGUUGGCCGGGAGGGGAAUGGAAUCAAUGAAGUACACAUAGAACUGCCACAGACACUCAAUGAUAAGUUGCGAGCGCAUGCACGAAAGCUUCAAAUCAGUCUGGCUAGUAUAUGCCAUUUAGCCUGGGCACAAGUACUUGCUCGAGCUAAUGGAAAUGAAGCUGUAGUUUUUGGAACUGUGAUACUAGGUCGUUUACAGGACGGAAAGGGAAAUGACAGUAUCACGGGACCGAUGAUUAAUACUCUACCGAUUCGUAUAGACAUUGAUGCGACGGGAGUCGAGACCGCGGUUCGAAAUACGCAUACUCGGUUGAGUGCGUUGUUAGCCCAUGAAUACGCAUCACUUGCAUUGGUACAACGCUGCAGCAGAGUUCCAGCUGGCAUUCCAUUAUUCAGCGCAUUACUGAACUAUCGCCAUAAUCAGACGACAUAUGAUGUCACUGCGACACUUCCUGGAGUCAGAUUCAUAGAGGUCGAAGAACGAACUAAUUAUCCAUUAACCCUUUCGGUUGAAGAUAAUGGCGAUUCCUUGGGUCUAACGGCUCAAGUAAUUUCAUCAAUUUCAGCAACUAGAAUCUGUGACUAUAUGGAAAACGUCCUGGAAUCAAUGGCUGAUAUGUUAACACAAUCGCCUCAACAACCAGUUAGAGCAUUGACAGUAAUGCCAGUGGAGGAGCGCACAUUGCUGCUGCACACUUGGAAUCAAACCAUGGUUUCCGACUCACCCGACUUCUGUCUUCACCAAUUAUUUGAGUCGCAGGUGGAACGCGACGGACAAGCGAUCGCCGUAGAGUGUAUGGGUGAGACUCUAAGCUAUACUGAACUUAAUACCCAAUCCAAUCAACUGGCGCAUUACCUCAUAGCACGAGGCGUUAAACCAGACGAUCUAAUCGCCAUUUGCGUUGAUCGCAGUAUAAAAAUGAUAAUAGCAAUUUUAGGUAUUCUAAAAGCUGGCGGCACAUAUGUACCGCUCGAUCCAGCCUAUCCUAGCCAACGACUGACCAAUAUUUUACUGGAUGCGAACCCUAUAGUUUUGUUGGUAGAUGCUGAAGGCCGAAAAGCAAUCGGAGUACAUAAAAUAUCAGUAGUUGACUUGGAUCAACCGUUGUCUGCUGAUUCAUCGAUUGAUAAUCCAGACGCCAUCAAACUUGCACUCACUCCAAACCAUCUGGCCUAUAUUAUUUACACAUCUGGCUCAACAGGGACACCAAAAGGAGUGAUGGUUGAACAUCACCAUGUAGUACAAACUGUCUUGUCUGUACACGACAAAUUGAAUUUCAAUUCACCGGAUAAGUGGUGUUUAUUCCAUUCGAUUUCUUUCGAUGUUUCUGUAUGGGAGAUAUGGGGAGCAUUAUGCUAUGGAAGUCAACUGUCGAUUGUGCCAUACAAUACCAUUCGUUCUGCGGAUGAUUUUUAUGAUUGGAUCUGCGCCAGAGGUAUUACUGUAUUAAAUCAAACUCCAUCGGCAUUCAAAAUGCUCAUGCGGGCAAAAAAUAUCAGUUCUCGACCAGAUCGAUUGCAAUAUGUAAUCCUUGCUGGUGAAGCUGUGGAUCCAUUGAUAUUACGGGAUUGGAAUGCAAAGCACGCUAAGAAACAAACAGUCUUGGCCAAUUUGUAUGGUCCCACUGAAACAGUUAUUUUUACGACAAGUUGGAUCUGUGAUAAAAUAAUUUCUGAUAACUCGCUGAUACCCAUCGGUCGCCCGCUACCAAACAAGCGAAUUUAUCUGUUGGAUUCACAUGGCGAGCCAGUGCUGUUAGGAGCAGAGGGAGAAAUAUACAUUGGCGGUACUGGUGUAUCACGUGGCUAUCUAAAUCGGCCUGAACUUACCGCAGAACGUUUUCUACCCGAUCCAUUCAGUGAUGAUUCAACAGCACGCAUGUACCGCACCGGCGAUCGUGCACGAUAUUUGCCUGAUGGUAAUUUAGUUUAUCUGGGACGCACAGAUCAACAAGUAAAAAUUCGCGGUUUUCGAAUUGAGCCGGGUGAAAUUGAAGCCCAUUUAGUGGAACAUCCACAGGUGCACGAGUCUGUGGUACAAUCCUAUGGAAAUGGAUCGGAUGCUCGUCUCGUAGCUUAUGUGGUGGCCGAUACGGAUACAUCUCUCGUCCAAAAUCUACGCACCUAUCUAUUAAGCUUAUUGCCUGAGUAUAUGGUACCAGCGGCUUACGUUUGUAUAAAAUCAUUACCACUCACACCCAAUGGCAAGCUAGAUAGACGAGCACUACCACCUCCGGACGAUGAAGCGUUUGUCCAUCAACAGUAUGAAGCUCCACAGGGUGAAAUGGAAAAGAAACUGGCUAAUAUCUGGCUUGACCUGCUUGGAAUUGAACGCAUCAGCCGGCAUGACAAUUUCUUUGCGUUGGGAGGACAUUCUUUGUUGGUCGUUCGGCUGUUAGCGGAGUUAAGACAGGUCGGUCUGGACACCACUGUACGGGAAGUAUUUGAUUCUCUCACUCUGGCCAUGCUUGCCAUGACCCUUGUUCGGUAUAAGACAGUGUCUAUUCCACCCAAUCUCAUUACUACAGAUUGUACGUCUAUUACUCCAGAAAUGUUACCACUUAUCACUAUUUCUCAGGCAGAGGUUGAUGCAAUCAUUGCACAGGUACCUGGUGGAGUGGCGAAUAUCCAAGAUAUUUAUGGAUUAACGCCAUUACAGAAUGGUAUGUUGUUCCAUCAUUUGAGGUCCGAAGAGAGCGAUCCGUACUUGAUAGCAAUUCGUAUGCAAUUUACUGACCGGGUGGCACUUGAACGCUAUGCAGAUGCUCUGCAAAAGUUAAUAGGGAGGCACGAUAUCCUUCGUACCGUGUUUAUCUGGGAAGGUCUUAUUGAGCCGAUGCAAGUCGUUUUGCGCCAAGUUCCUCCUCUACUUAGCGAGAUCACCUUGGAUGAUACUGGUGAAUCGGUAUUAGAUCAGUUGAGCCACCGCUUUGAUCCACGUUACUAUCGUUUAGACUUGGCACAGGCGCCGCUAUUGCGUCUAUAUGUUUCACCAAGUUCUGAAGGAAGUUGGGUGGCACUGCAAUUGGUGCAUCACUCCAUUAUUGACCAUUCAACGCUGGAGAGAUUGCAGGUAGAAAUUCACGCUAUCAUUGACGGAAGGAUUGAAAUGUUGCCAGCUCCCACUUCAUUCCGUAAUGUUGUGGCUCAUUCUCGAUUACGCAUUGAUCCAGCUGAACAAACACGUUUCUUCAGUGAAAUGCUUGGCGAUAUUGACGAGCCAACUUUGCCAUUUGGUCUCAGUGAUGUUGGUCCGGAUGGAACUGAGAUCAACGAAGCAAAUCUCAUGUUGCCGCAGACAUUAAAUAAUCAGCUAAGGGUACAUGCACGUCAGCUUCAGAUCAGUUUGGCUAGUAUUUGUCAUUUGGCUUGGGCACAAGUACUUUCUCGAACUAGUGGACGUGAUGCAGUUGUUUUUGGCACUGUUUUACUUGGCCGUUUACAGGCAAAAGGAGAAAAUGAUGGUGCUUUAGGGCCAAUGAUUAACACUCUACCAAUACGUAUAGAUAUUCAUGAGACGAGCGUUGUUACCGCAGUUCGCCACACCCAUUCUCGGCUAAGCGCGUUGUUGGCACAUGAACACGCUCCGCUGUCGUUGGCACAACGCUGUAGUGGAGUUCCAGCUGGCUUAUCACUAUUCAGUACAUUGUUCAACUAUCGCCAUAAUCAGAAGACAGACCAAGUCUUUGCAUCACUCCCAGGAGUCACUUUCUUAGGCUGUGAAGGUCGAACUAAUUACCCAUUGACCAUGUCUCUGGAUGACACAGACGAUGCUUUGUGCCUGUCAACACAGGUGGUUUCAACCAUUUCUGCAGCUAGGAUCUGUGAUUAUAUGAAACAAGCUCUGGAAUCACUGUCCAACGCUUUAACGCAAUCGCCUCAACAACCGCUAAGAACGUUAACAGUGAUGCCAUCGGAAGAACGCACGAUGCUACUGCACAGCUGGAAUCAAACGACGGUUACCGUUUCACCAGUACGCUCUCUUCACCUAAUAUUUGAGGCACAGACGGAACGAAACGGAAAUGCGAUAGCCGUGAAGUUUAAAACGAAGACUUUAAGCUAUACGGAUCUUAAUAACCAGGCGAAUAAG